CAGCCGGAGCUGCGACGAGACACUCGACUACAAAACCAAAAAACACUCAAAAAAAAAACAAGCAAUAAAAAAGCCAAAAUCAAAUCUUGCAAGUUUUUGACAAAUAAUUAUACAAAAUUAUCAAUAUAAUCGCUUCAAAAACUUGACGAUUAUUCAGUGUUAACGCGCGUCGCGAAAUAUUCAAAAAACAAAAAAAAGUUCCACGCGUUUUCAGUGCGUUUUUUUAAAGGGAAAAACGCGCGCGCGUUUUUCUUGUGAACAAUAUUUUUUUUUUAGUUUGAUUGCUGUUGGUUUUGACAAAGGUGAAAAUAACUUGCAACAGCAACAGUGCGACAGCCACAGCGGAUGCUCACAAGAUGGUGCACCACAGCAACGACGAUGCCAUGAAUAAAAUUCCACUCAAAUCCGCCAGCGGAUUGGAUGACGAGGAGAAGAAUGGCGGCGAACUGAUGCAGGACACCGCCGCUGCCGAGGAGGCGCGACGCGAACAAAUGCGUGCAAAUAUGUUAGCCUGGAUGAAGAAACUGACGAUUGGCCUCAUCUGCUUUAUCGGCAUUGCUCUGAUUAGCUAUGUGAUCAUCAGCCUGUGCUUCAGCGACUGGCCAAAGUCAACGCCCCUGCCAAGCAACAGUAACAGCAGCAGCAGCAGCAUCAGCGGCAACAGCAUUGUUGCAGCCACAACGCCAGCGGCUGAGGCAGCAACAACAACGGCAACGAUGACAACAACAAUCGUCGCAGCCGCUGAGGUUGCUGCGCUUAACACUUUAGCAUCACGAACACCAUCGGCAACAGCAACAGGCACAACAAGAAUACCAACAGCAACAGCAACUGAAAUUAGCACAACUAGCACAAAUGCAAAUAGCACACACAGCAGCAUUGUUGCAGCUCCAACAGCAACAACAGCAGCAACAACACUAUCAACAACCACAACAACAACAACAACAACAUCAAGCACAAGCAACACAUUUAUAACAUCUACUCCAACAGAUGAGCAACCGCUGCCGCCAGCAGCAACAGCUGAACAGCACAACAACGACAACGACAAGGACAACGACAACAUGGAAGCGACAACAACAGCAACUGGAGAUCUUUCGAUGGCCGGACCCGCUGUUGCAGCAUCGACAUCACCAACAACGCCGCCGCCAUCGGCAGCCACGAAGCUCGACAAGAAUCAGAAAUUCGAGUCCACAUUGGGCGUUUAUCAGAAAGCAGCCGUCUGCUCGGAUUCAUCGCCAUGCAGUCAAAUUGGCAGCGACAUAUUGGCUAAAAAUGGCAGCGCAGUGGAUGCCGCAAUUGCCACAAUGCUCUGCAACGGUCUGUUGACAGCGCAGAGCAUGGGCAUCGGUGGUGGACACCUGAUGAACAUCUACGAUCGCCAGCACCGAGAGGGCAAGCAGAUUGAUGCCCAUGUCGUCGCGCCUUAUGCUGCCGAUCAGCAGAUGUACGAUACGAAUCCGAAUGCUUCGUUCAAGGGUCCGUUGAGCAUCGCUGUGCCCGGCGAGGUGAUGGGCUAUCAUCUGGCGCAUCAGGAAUAUGGCAAACUGCCGUGGCGUGAUUUGGUGGCACCAUCGCUGAAGCUCUGCGAAACGGGCUACCACAUGACGCAGCAUCAGGAGAACAGCGUGCGCUCCGCUUGGUCAUCGCUCAAAAACGAUCUGCAAUAUCAAGCCGUCUUCUUGAAUGCUGAAACCGGUGGACAUUAUGUGGAGGGCGAUUUGAUAAAGUCACCAAAGCAACUGUGCAACACAUAUCAAUUGCUGGCCGACAAUGGUCCGAUGGACUUUUACAAUGGCACAAUUGCCGAAAUGCUGGCCGAGGAUCUGCGCGAUCUGGGCAGCAUCAUUACCCAAGACGAUCUUAAUGCUUAUACGGCCGAAGUUCGCCUGUCGGACACCAUGCCCCUGGGCGAAGACACUCUUUAUGCCGUGCCCCCAGUGAGCUCUGGCUCGGUGGUUUCCCAUAUUCUAAGCAUACUCGAGGGCUUCAAUUUCACGCGCGCCGAUCUGGCUGAUGAUGAGUCGUAUGCCCGGACUGUGCACCGCAUCACGGAGGCCUUGAAAUUCGGCUUUGCCAGUCGCUCGGAGCUCGGUGAUCCGCGUUUCAAUGAUCUGCGUGAGCUCGUUAGUCAGCUGAACAAUCCGGAGAAUGCGGCGAACAAGCGUGCCAAGAUCAAUGACAGCCAUGUGCUUGAGGGUCCGCAUGAGUAUGGUGCACAGUUCAGCACCACUGAAGAUCCCUAUGGCACCUCGCACCUGGCGGUGUUGGCACCCAAUGGCGAUGCCGUCUCUGUCACCAGCUCCAUCAAUUACUACUUUGGCUCCGGUUUGAUUGGAUCACGAACUGGCAUCAUAUUGAAUAACGGCAUGAAUGACUUUGCGUUGAGCAAUAACUACUUCGAGCUGCCGGCAUCACCGGCAAACACAAUUGAUGCCCACAAGCGUCCCAUGUCGUCGCAGUCACCCAUGUUGCUGACCGAUCGCGAGGGCAACAUCAAGUUGGCAAUUGGAGCUGCCGGUGGCACCAAAAUCAUUCCGGCCAUUGUUGAGGUCGCCGCACGUUUUCUCUGGUUCGGUGACGAUCUGAAGUCAGCCAUCGAUGCCCCACGUUUCUACAAUCAACUAUCGCCCGAUUCUCUCGACUACGAGGAGGGCAGCUUCACAGAAGCCGUGCUGCAGCUGCUGGCCAAGCGGGGGCAUAAGCUAAAGUUACUGCCGAAUCCGUCGGUUCCUCGCUCCACCGUCUGUGCCAUUGGCCGCAAUUCAACAGGCAUCUAUGCCAAUGCUGAUCGACGCAAACGUGGCCACGUUGCAGGCUUCUAAAUGUAUUCACCCACACCCACACACGCCUACACUCAUACAGAAUAGCACACACACACACACACACACACAUGCACACAAGCGUAUCGUCAACUGAGAUUAGUUGGAAAGCAGAAAUGAGCGUCAAGAAAAAAUCAAAGGCGACGGCGACGGCGAAAUUGCACGUGAAGUAAAAGUAUUUAAGCUAGCUGUCUUUUUUUUACAUAUAUGUAUGUAUGUAUAUCGUAUGUUAUAUAAAUUUAUAUGCUACCUACUAC